AACACCACUCCACGUCAUCACCACGACCAAGUGUUUCUGUGAUCGAUCACACACACACAAAGAAGCGUAUCGGUUCUGUUUUGCUCCAACACAAAGCUUUCUCCAAAAAUUGGAUCGAAAAAAACCCUAACUUUGACAUGGAAGGAGAGAUUCAAGACUGGGAAAUACUUCAGAGCUCGAGAUCUACGACGGAGGAUGAUAACUCGAGGAGCUUGGAGGAGAUUGAUGAUGGUACGCAAGGUAUGAUUAGGUUUGAUCACUUCUCUCUUGAGAACCAGAGUGGUUUGUCUCGUGUGGAGGCAAACGAUGAAGAUGGGUCUGUUCAAUCAGGUAGUCCAGGCUGGAUCGAACCGAACUCCGAUGUUCCUUAUGGUCCUAAGCAUUUUAGUGAGUUAUGGUCUGAUUCAAGCAGUGAUCGGCUUGAGGAACAGAGGUUAGUUGAUGAUGAUGUGAAUAACGAAGUGGGUAUUGUUGAAUAUAGUGAAAGUAUAGCACAAGACAUGAAUUUGAUGAGCUCUGAUGAGAGAAAGGAAGAAUCUUUACUUCAUCCAGUGGAAGGAGAAGGAGACUCUGUUUCGGUUGAUCCUUGUGUUAAAUCUGGUGGUGGUGGUGGUGGUGGAGGAGAAGAGAAGGGUUUUGUGUGGUGGAAAAUUCCUAUAGAGGUGUUGAAGUAUUGUGUGUUGAAAAUUAAUCCUAUUUGGUCUUUGUCCAUGGCUGCAGCAUUUGUGGGGUUUGUUAUGUUAGGGCGUAGAUUGUACAAUAUGAAGAAGAAGAGUCGUACCUUGCAGCUUAAGGUUCUUUUGGAUGAUAAGAAGGUGGCGAAUCAUGCUGCUCGGUGGAACGAAGCGAUCUCAGUAGUGAAACGUGUACCCCUAAUCCGGCCAGCACUUCCAUCAUCAGUGGGUAUGAUGAACCAGUGGUCCAUGAUGAGUUUAAGGUGAAAGAUAAGUGAAUUUGAGGGCAUAAUAAUGCAUAUAUGUGAGAUGAAAUGAUUGAUGUGGUUGGUGCAUGUAUCAUAUGAUUGUAUAAAAAUAUAACAAGUCU